AAAAUAUUCUUUGUUAACAUAACCUUACUUCUUAUUGCCAAGUUGACAGUAUAUGUACCAAACAUCAACAAACAACAAAAAUGGUUUACAUUCAUUUUCCAGUUAAUUUUACUGAAGAAGAAACGAUGCUUCAAAACAAAUACGCAAAAUUAAAGAAGAAGAAAAAAGCAUUGCAAGCAUUAAAAUCUCCUAAACCUGAACCAGAAAAACCCAUAAUCCCAAAGAGACCAGCAGAAGCAAGGGAUGCAAGGGAAGUGGCAAAAAAACUACUAAAAUCGGGGGCUAUUCAACCCAUAUCUAAACAACAAAAACAACCAGAGCAGGGUUUUAAAAGACCCAGGGGUUUGGAGAGGAAAUUAAUUUCUGAGAAAAUUGUCAGUGGGUAUCAACCUUUUUCUGCAGUUCAGAUGGAUGAAGGGCCAGACAACCCAGAAAAUAAACCACCAAGGAUUAAGAAUUUGUAUGAUACAUUUGCUACAGCAAGGGAUAGAGAAGAAAGAGGAUUAACUGACAAGGCACGCGAAAAACCAGAAAAACCACGUCAAGGCAAUACAAUCUAUGUAUCUGGUUACAAGAUAAGUGAAGAUUUCUUGAAAAAGCAUUUCACUACUAUAGGAAAUAUUGUAAAUAUAUCAAUGGAAAUUGAAAAGAACAGAGGGUUUGUUACUUUUGAUAAAGUGGAAGCUGCUGAAAGAGCCAUAACAGAAAUGGAUGGAUCUAUGGUGUCUGGAAUACAAUUAAAAGUAUCACUUGCAAGAAGACAGCCUCAGAUUGAGCCAAUCAAUGAUGUGACAUCUUCAGCAGCUUGGGCCACAUUAGCUUCAAGUCAUUCCCAAAAAGGCAACCACAGGGACAAACGAGACUUGGUGUCAUAUGAAGAUAUGUUUGAAUAAAAUUGGUUUUAUUGGAA